UUAUUAUUUACAUGCAGAAUCGUUAUCGCUGUUAUUAAUUCCCAACCAUUUAGCACGUCAUUAAUUUACUGCUACUGGCUCAUCAAUUUCGCAGACGCUUCUUCGAAUCCUUAUCGGUAGACUCUCGCUCUCGCGCACGAUCAUCCGCGAUCACUCUCAUUUCUCGACCAGACUUUGACUGCAGCGGAUGCUGAACAAGGACUCCGCAGUGCCGUUCAGCUCAAGUUACCUCGCAAAAUGCAACUCAGAACAACGCAUCGCUGGCGACAUCCUGCGUUAAUUCAAUUUACCACGCUGGGGCUGCUACUAUUGCUGAUUGUACAAUCACAUGGUGGCGCCUGGCGCCAAGUCCGCGGUGAUGAGUCCGCCACCAGCGGCGGUGGCGACGUCAGCUGUAGUGACCUUUUCACACUGGACGCAGAGCGGUACUACCAGAAGCGGUACGAGGGAACGCUGCUGGUGACCAGUCCCGUUACGGUGAAGGAUAUCGAGCUGCAGCUGCGAUUCGAUCGCGACGUAGACCUGUUGGUGAACUACUUUGGAACAUCGAACAGUUCAAACCACCGAGACUUCCUCAUCACCAAGCAAGGAUACUCGCUGUACGCGCAUUCUACUCUGAAGCUCAAGCUUGAAGUGAGCUACUCUACCGUUCUUCAGCCAUGGCUGGAAGAGGUUCGUCUCAACGGAGAUUUGCUGUGUCCGCUGCGGCGCGUCGUCAGAACGACUUCCUCGUACACCCAGACGCCCAGCUAUCGCUAUCCACCGAAUACGUGGAACCUCGGAAUGGUCGCUCGACCCACAGGUUUUGUACCGCUGUAUCAACCCCGACAGCCGACGUACGCGGUACAACCGAUCGCACCGAGAAACUUCACCGACGCGCAGGAAAACAAGUUCAACUCUUCUUGCCAGGCCAUGAGUCCGAACAUUGUGGUAUCCGAUGGACGGUGGGACGGAAUACUGACGCUGACUACCGACGUUACUGUUGAUCGCGUGCGGAUCGAGAUCGUGUUUGAUGGCGCCGUCUACAUUCUUGGGAACUACUUUGGCGAGGUGUACACCGACGACGGCACGCGGUUCGUCAUCGAAAACAGCACGCUAAUUUUAGCAGCCGAUUCCGAGAUCAAAAUCAACUUCUUCGUCAAGUUCAACGAGAACCGCAGGAUACCGGACGUGGAAGAGGUCAUUUUCAACGGGAAGGACGUAUGUCGCCAGCGGCGAAGACGCGUUUCGGCCGAAACGGAAGCCCCUGCAGGAGUGUUUGGCUCGGAGUCGGUGGUUGUGACAGAACGGUCUCGAGUUGUUUCGACGACGACAAGCCAACCAGAGUCUUUAGAGGAGUACGACGAGAAUGAGUGCGCUACCGCGUAUCCAUCAUCCGAACCAGUCGUUCAAUCUCGAAUAAUCGGAGGAGUCAGCGCCAAGUCCGGAGAGAUUCCGUGGCACGUGGCCAUAUUUGUUGAGGAUCAAUACCAGUGUGGUGGUAGCAUUAUUUCUUCGAGAAGCAUUCUCACAGCCGCACACUGCCUAACCAAAGAGAACACCAACGAAACGCUCGAAGCCGACCUACUUCGGGUGUACAUCGGAAUCGUGAACCUGGCCAACAAGGACGACCAUUUCUACCACACCGCUUCGUCUGCGGUGUUACAUCCGGACUACAAUUCCGCCCAGCACACGACGGACAUCGGAAUCCUUCAACUCACGCGUGACAUAAUCUUCAACAACUUCAUCAAACCGGUCUGCCUGUACGGCAACACCACCGACAUAAGUGCGUUCUACAACCGGUACGGGAAGGUGGCCGGCUGGGGCCUGAACCGGAAUGGGGUGGUCGCCAACGUGCUCAACUAUCUGGACAUGCCGGUGGUGUCCCAGAAGAAGUGCUCGCAAACCAACGUGCAGUACAAUACGGUGCUGGCGUACGGCGAGUCAUUCUGCGCGGGUCAUUCCGACGGGAACUCGGUUUGCAACGGGGACAGCGGUGGAGGGCUGGUGUUUACGGACAACUAUCGGUUCUAUCUGAGGGGAAUCGUGUCGAUCAGUGCGCAGAAGCGAAACCAACUCAUGUGUGACCCGAACCGGUACUCGGUUUUUACCGAUGUGUCCAAGUUUCUCAAGUGGAUCAGGCAGAACAUGCUUUGAGUCAUGGGUUUUAGAUUAAUUAAGCUGUUUGUAGACUUUGUAGAAGCAAUCAAAACAAGGUAACUUUGAUUUCAAAUAACAUAAAAGAGAAUAAAAUAUUAUAGCUUCUAAA